UCAAUCGCUCCUUCUCCAUCUCUGUGGCGUGGGAGGCGUCUGUCAAACGGACCCGUGGAGUCCUCUCUGUCCGUCCGAGUGGAGGACACUACACGCCGUCGUUUGUUCGGAGCAGCUGAAGUUUGGAGACUAUAGGCGGGUUUACUCUUUGGGGGAUACUCUGCUGCCAUCCGGGAAAACCCGUCACAUUGUGAGCUGAAAGGAAGUUGAAGCAAACAACUGGGUGCGUGUUAGCCGAACCGAGCCGCCAUGGACGCGCUGAUGAAGGGUUUCUCUAAAGCCAAGGAUGGGGUCGUGGCAGCGGCGGAGAAAACCAAGCAGGGAGUGACUGGAGCGGCUGAGAUGACGAAGGAUGGGGUUAUGUAUGUCGGUUCUAAAACAAAGGAUGGAGUCUCCACAGUCGCUGAAAAAACAGUGUCUGGAGUGUCUCAGGUGGGCGGAGCUGUGGUUACCGGGGUUACGGCUGUAGCCCAGAAAACUGUAGAGGGAGCAGGCAACAUCGCCGCUGCCACUGGAUUGGUCAAGAAGGAUCCAGCCAAACAAGGUGAGGAUGCUUCAGCAGUACCAGAUGCAGUGGAGUCACCAGUCGAUACUGACUUCACUGAACCUACAGAGGAGGACUCGGAUGACUGAGUAGCUGAAUGGCUUCACAGUCAAAGCAAAAUGGCCCAAACAUUCCAUGUCGCUCUGCCAAGUCCCGUCGUGCCUCGUCUCAUGGAGUCUGUGCUCGGCGUCUGUGCGUUUCCGUGUGUGCUGUUCUGUGUGUUUUUGCAGUAAAUGUCAUGUAGAGAGAUGGAGAAAUGUUGUGCGAGUGUGCUGGCGCAUCCUGCAUCCCGGGCGACGCCUCAGGUUUGUGUGUUUUCUGUGACCAGCUGUCGUUUACAGUGACUCCCUCCCACUGAGAAGGCCGCCUGAUCACAGAGUGUGUGUCUGUCCUCUGUCAGCUGGUUGGCCGUGUCAGUAACACAAACCUGGAAGUAUACCACAAUCUACAAACACCUAAGUGUCUCUAUAUAAAGCUACAAUUUACACCGAUCUGUUUGAAAUGGGUGCAUAAUAAUAAUCUCUAUUUUGUUGUGUAUUUUGUCACUGUUUUUUGCGAUGGACUAUAAAGUGCUGAGCUGUUUGUGCAUUCAUGUUGUAUUUUAUAGCAUGUAAAGUAAAAUUCAGCUUCACCGCUGUCAUGAAUUUAUUUGGAUUCAGAUAUUGAAUAAAAUAUAUAAAGCGUGGGAUUAUGCCCUUAGAAUUCAUAUACAAGCGACUCUGUAUAAUGAAUUAUGUAUUUACAAAAAAAUUUGUGUUUAUGAAUCAAAUUUCUGUUUCAAGACAUGAUUUCCUAAAUGAAAGCAAACUUAUUCACACUUAGACCACAUAUUGUUGUCAAAACCUAACAGGCACUCAUAUUACCUUGUUUCUCAUAGGAUUUUUAUCUGUUUACAUGAAAUUUGAGGUAAUAAUCAUAUUUAAUGUAGAGGAGAAUAAAGUAGAUUAGUUGUUAACAAAAUAGCCACAGUUCUUGAACUGCUCUGCUGGAAUUAUAGCGCCCCCUAUAUUUACUGGCACCUCUGGAAAAAAUAAAAUAAAUAUAUGUUUUAUUACAGUAGGAUAAUCUCAGAAUGGAAAAAUUUAAUGAUCACAGAUGGGGAAACAAGCCCACAUCAAUUGCUUUUUACAAUAUCACUAGUAAUUGUUCACACUUCUAACAUAUCUUCUAAAAUAAAUCACUAACUUGUUCACCGGAAGCUUUAACUUGUAAUCUUUGAGUCCUUGAUUCUCAAGCACUGAAUUUGAACAAACAAGGCUGGAACGACGAGGAAGCAAAUUUAUCUUGUCAACAAGCACAGUGAGCAGAGGGGUAAGAGAGUUAAAAACAACCUCCAAAGCUCACUGUUUUUCAUUUUGAGAUAAUGCUACUGCAACAAAAGAUGAACUUAUUUCACACACUGUAAGGACAACAGUUUGUGUAAUCGCCAAAGAUAAGAUGUUAAAAAUUGGAUACUAAAUAUAAAUCUGAUAAAUGUCACCUUGUUUUACUUUCAUAACUUUUUUUCAUCUGGUUGGGGUAGGAACUGGUUCAAAAGUAAUCAUAUUGUAUUAGCGUAAUGGUUCCGAAGGUUAGGGUGCAAACCCCAGAUGAGCAAUCAGAAACUAACUGAGGGCUCUUGAGAUAUUUACUAGGAAUAAAAUAAAAUAUAACAAUAUCCAUAAUUGAGUAUGUCUUCUACAAUUGUUACAGGAGAUUAAAAAAAAUGCCUGAAUAAACUGAUAAACAAAUGCUAUGAAAAUAAAUGUUUCAUUAUACUGUUUGUUGAA